ACACACAUUACAUAUUUUCCUCUCUCUAAAGAUAUCAACUUUCUCUCUCUAAAUCCUCUCUCCGCCUUCUCCUCCUCCUCCACCUCCUCAGUACACAGAGAGAGAGAGAGAGAGAGAGAGGGAGAACCUAUACUCCACCUUCGCGCCGCCUCACCCGCAAACGCUCUGCAUUCCCUCUGAAAAUCUUGCCCUCGACCCUUCAUUCCCGUAAUCCUUCUGCCCGCCGUCACCCGUCGGGUUUUGCUUCCCUUUUGUCCAUUGAUUCUUGUCCGCUUAAACGCUUCAGUGGGAUCGUCUCCUCUGUGGACUGGUACGUACUGGGUUUGUCUCUGCGGGUCUCGUUUGUGCUGACACAUUGUGUAAAGGGUGACAGGGCCUUUCGUAUCUUGUGAAGCCCACUGCCUUCCUGAGCAAGAAUGGAUUCGAAGACUUUGAAGAGAAUGGCGCAAGGGAGACAUGAGCAAGGGAUUGACGAGUUGAACACGCUUCUGUUUCUAGGAGAGAUGCCUAACGCAACAUUGGGACAACAGCGAUGCGAGGAAUCUGUGCUCACAAGGCUUACUUCUGGUGAUCCUCCUGGCAACUUCAAUAUCAUGAACAAUGGUUUCCAACAAAACCACUUUGAAGGCCUCCCGAUGGAAACAGUAGAACUGAUUGAUGACCGAGUCCUAUCGUCUGCAUUUGCAGAAUUAAACUUGAGAGAUGGACUUGCAAUGGAAGCUCUUCCAUUCACCAAUUGUAUUCAGAACACCGAGCGCCAGAGGAGCACCUUAUUCUCUGUACAGUCACAAAGUAGUUCUCCCUGUGUUUUCAAUGAACUUAACGGAACGAAUGCGGGGUUGCAGAAUGCAGAAAAUUAUAUUAAUGCAGCAGGGUUAAUGAACAAUGGGAUUCGAUUUGUUUCACAUCUGCCUUGCCCUGCGGAUACUCAAUCUUCUCCACCUUACUUACAUCCUCAGCAUGUUAAUCAAUCUCAAUUCACACGGAGGAAUAUAGAAGAGGAACAAUUGGACAAGAUGCUCAAGCAAAGACACCUUUAUCUGCAUUGGCUGCAGAGUCAUCAUCUUGAUACUCAGAACCUGAUUCACGCGAAUUCAAACUUCGUUCCAGGGCUGAUGAAUCAGAAUCAAGGCCAGUUUUUCCAAAGCAACGGAAGUCCACAACAGCUAGACCAGUGGAGUCUUGGCCUGCCUCAUGGUGAUCUUGAUUCUGUCCAAGUUCUUGAUAAAAUCUCAAGACAAUCAUGCCCCAUGAAGAUUUUAAAGAGAUCAAAUGGCUUGAGCACUCUCAGAGCCAUGAAGUUGGGGCCUGUCCGAGGGAAUGAUUCACUUAACAGCGUGAUUCAGAGUGGAAAGUUUAUCGAUAACGGUCAGGUCCGCUACAACUCAUGCAAUUCAGAUCAUGGCUCCUUCCAGUUGGGAAGUCUAAGAGAGAGUUGUGGUCAGUUCUCCAACAUAAAUGGUCUCAGAGGGGCUGACAUGGCGCCCCUGCCUCUGGAAUAUGGCCAUGUCAACGAAGUCAGGGGCUGCAUUUAUCGUCUCGCUAAAGACCAAAAUGGGUGCAGAUAUCUCCAGAGGAAGUUCUCAGAAGGCAGCCCCCAGGAAGUUGAGACAAUUUUUCUUGAGGUCCUUGAGCAUAUUGCUGAUUUAAUGACUGAUCCAUUCGGGAACUACUUGGUCCAGAAACUGCUCCAAGUGUGUGACGAGAAUCAGACUACUCAAAUUCUUCGAGUGAUCACCCGAAAACCUGGAGAUCUGAUCCGCAUCUCAUGUGAUAUGCACGGGACUCGAGCUGUUCAGAAGGUUCUUCAAACCCUUAAAACUCAGGAGCAGUUUUCCAUUGCAUUGGCUUCGCUAAAGCCUGGGAUGGUGACCUUAAUGAAGAACUCAAAUGGUAAUCAUGUUGCGCAAUGCUGCUUGGAGCAUUUCAUGCCCAAAUACAGCAAGCAGUUCCUCUUCGAAGUUGCCGCCGAGAAUUGUGUGGACUUGGCGACUGACCGCCACGGUUGUUGUGUGCUUCAAAAAUGCCUCGGUCAUCCUGGGGGCGAACAGAGACUUCGUCUGAUAUAUGAAAUUAUAUCAAACUCUCUUGUUAUUUCUCAGAACCAAUACGGGAAUUACGUCAUUCAGUACGUUUUGCUUCACAUACCAGCGGCCAGACCUGAUGUUCUCGAGCAAUUGAAGGGUCACUAUGUGGAGCUGUCUAUGCAGAAAUACAGCAGCAAUGUCGUUGAGAAAUGUAUUGAAUAUGCCGAUGAGGAAAGCCACUGCCGAAUUAUCAAGGAGCUCAUCACUAGUCCGGAGUUGGAUCGAAUAAUGCAAGACCCUUACGGGAACUAUGUCAUUCAAGCUGCCUUGAAGAGUUCAAGGGGAGCGGUCAAAGCAGCGAUUGUGGAAGCUAUAAAGCCCUACAUUCAUGUGCUGCGGUCCAGUCCAUAUGGGAAGAAAGUCCUUUCCAGCAGCUGCUUGAAGAACUUAUGUCCUGCUCGUAGACAGGAUCUGGUAAAUUCUGUAGAUGGUGUCUGGGGAAACUUCGGAUUCGAAUCUUGGGGAUUUUGACUCUCGACCCGGAAAAAUAAGGAGGCCUUUCGACAGUUGAUGGGAACAAGAUGGAAUGUUGUUUUGUUGUCUGUUUCAUACGCACUUUUGGUAGUCGUAUCGGUUUUAGUUGGACAGUUACCAGAGAUCAAGGAGGGUUGGUCCAUCGAGCUUUUUUUUGGUUUGCUGACUGCUUUCUGAGUGAAGAAGAUACAAAAAUGGUGGAAAUGUACAAGAUGUACAGCACUGUUGGGUUCUUGCACAGGGUGGGUUUACUACAGAGUAUCGGCUAUGGAGCAAAGCUUUUAGGAGGGAGACAGGAUGGAUGCUCGGAAGAAUAUGGUAAUGGUAGAACUUUUAACAGAAGAAAACUAAUGCUCACUUUGCAUAGUGGAUAUAUAUAUAUAUAUAUAUAUAUAUAUAUAUUUAUGGCUGGCUGAUGUAAUAUGUACAUCACUUGCUUAUAUAUAUGUCAUAUAUUUUGCCGAAAUUAUAUUUACAUAUAAUAUAUGAGACAUGUUAUGUUCAGCGUCUUUCGUUUA